CAGCGCCGUUAUCGGCAGAGAGGAAAAAAAAAUCCUUACAGUCGCCAUGAUACAGCAGCGGAAACGGGCGAGAAGUAGCUAGAAAACAAAAGAGAACACGCAGUCGUCCUCGCGAUUUGGUAUGCUCUUGCAGUGUUAUAGGAAUGCCCAAGGAAAAAUAUGACCCGCCGGAUCCCAGGCGGAUGUACACAAUUAUGUCGACCGAGGAAGCAGCAAACGGGAAGAAGUCAUACUGGGCAGAGCUGGAAAUCAGUGGCCGAGUAAGGAGUCUCAGCACGGCCCUAUGGUCUCUCACCCACCUCACUGCCCUGCACCUCAGUGACAACUCAUUGUCACGCAUCCCGCCAGACAUUGCCAAACUACACAACCUGGUGUACCUGGAUCUCUCAUCCAAUAAGAUCAGGAGCCUGCCGGCAGAGCUCGGUAACAUGGUGUCUCUCAGGGAACUGCUUUUAAAUAACAACCAGUUGCGGAUUCUGCCAUUUGAAUUGGGGAAACUGUUUCAGUUACAAACACUGGGGUUGAAAGGAAACCCACUUGCACAAGAAAUUAUGAGCCUCUACCAGGAACCUGAUGGCACGCGGAGACUGCUCAACUACUUGUUAGACAAUCUGGCAGGGGCUAUCAAGCGCAUACCAACAGAGCAGCCUCCAGCUCGGUCAUGGAUCUCACUCCAGGAACCAGACCGAACACGGGCCUCAGCACUGUUCUCUGUGAUGUGCUACAAUGUGCUGUGUGAUAAGUAUGCCACACGACAGCUAUAUGGCUACUGCCCCUCUUGGGCUCUAAACUGGGAGUACAGGAAGAAAUCCAUCAUUCAGGAGAUCCUGGGCUGCAAUGCAGACAUCAUCAGUUUGCAGGAAGUUGAGACGGAGCAGUACUACAAUUUCUUCUUGCCUGAGCUGAAGGAGCAGGGAUACGACGGGUUCUUCAGUCCAAAGUCACGAGCCAGGACUAUGUCUGAGUCGGACCGUAAACACGUGGACGGUUGUGCAAUUUUCUACAAGACGGAAAAGUUCAGCGCAGUGCAGAAGCACACAGUGGAGUUCAACCAGCUGGCCAUGGCUAACUCCGAGGGCUCAGAGGCUAUGCUGAACAGGGUGAUGACCAAGGAUAACAUCGGAGUAGCUGUACUGCUCGAGGUCCGCAAAGAGAUGAUGGAGGUCUCCUCUGGAAAGUCACUCCAUGGCAUGGAGAAGCAGCUGCUCCUGGUAGCCAACGCCCACAUGCACUGGGACCCAGAAUACUCUGACGUCAAAUUGGUCCAGACCAUGAUGUUCCUGUCGGAGGUGAAGAACAUAGUGGACAAGGCCACGCGCAGCCUCAAGUUGUCCUCCGUCUCUGGUGAGACCAAUGCCAUUCCACUGGUGCUGUGUGCUGACCUCAACUCCUUGCCUGACUCUGGCGUCGUGGAGUACCUUAGUUCUGGUGGAGUAGACUGCACCCACAAGGACUUCAAGGAGCUUCGUUACAGCGACAGUCUGACCAAAUUCAACUGCAAUGGCAAGAACAGCACGUCCAACGGCAGGAUCACCCACGGCUUCAAGCUGAAGAGCGCCUACGAGAACGGCCUGAUGCCUUACACCAACUACACCUUCGACUUUAAGGGUGUCAUCGACUAUAUUUUCUAUUCCAAGCCUCACCUGAACGUGCUGGGUAUCUUGGGCCCCCUGGACCCCCACUGGCUCGUAGAGAACAAUGUCAGCGGCUGCCCACAUCCCCACAUCCCCUCCGACCACUUCUCCCUCUUCGCCCAGCUGGAGCUGCUCCUGCCCAACCUGCCCCCCCAGGUCAAUGGGCUCCAUCUGCCUGCACGCAGGUAGUGAGUCCCUGCCACACCACCAGGGGGAGCUGCAACCACAGCCUCUCCCUUUCCAACCCUCCUCCCUCCCACUACCAGCUCUUCCCUCCACUACAACGGAGGAGGAAGACAAAAAACACAACCUGUAAAAUAUUCGUACAGUGAGGUCUGGCCGACAGGGAUUUCGUAUAAUGUUAUAGAUAUUCUAUAUUUUUUCUUUUUUCUUUCUCCGUUUUUCUUUUUUGUUCUUUUUUUAACUGCUCAAUUCAGUCCUGUUUGUGUAUCAUAUUUUGUGUUUUGGACUCCCUUUCCUACUCAAAUCCACCCACCCCACCCACUUUACUUCUGUCUUUCAAACUAGAGGGAAUGGUAGCUCAUUCAGCUUUGUCACAUGGGGCACUGUUUGGUUUAAGAGCAAGGGGAAACUUAGAAGUGGCUGAGGGGCGACAUUCACCUGAAAAGCUGAUGGUCUGCCUGUCUGUCUGUCCUGUAUAAAUUUGAAACCAGCAAAGACAGCAGACUUGUCAGUCUCAGACCUCCAUCAUUGGCUUGUGCUUGUUUUCCCCUAUAAUCUGGGCAGCCAGCGUAGUUUCUCAGUCUUUCUAGGAUACACUCAGUUGAGUCGGAUGUCGUUGCUGGUAGUUAAGCGUCCCUGGAGGUGGAUGUAGCGCAUCUCGUAUGAGGUAAGAUUUCCUGCUGUCAUUCUGUGGUGCUGAGGCCUUUUGUGUGGUCACGGCCUCCCGUGGUGCUACAAGAUAGUCUACACCUCUGACCCCGGCCCUGGCGCAUUAGCUACCAAACCCAGAGAUGCCUCAAGAACCAGACGUCCAAGAACUACAUUAGCCUGAUUUCACAUGGGCGUAAUGUAGUGACUAAUUUGUCAAGGACGGAUGUGGUGAGAAACUGAGAGCAGCUACCAUCCUGUUUGCAGACUGUUUCACCCCAGCUUGUAUAGUUGUUAGGCUAGUCUUGUGCUUAGGAGCUCAUGUGGCCCAUGUACCACCAAUUUUUGGUCAAGGGGCAAGGGAUUUAGGCUGAUGGGCAAAGCGAUGAGGGGCUUUCACAAAAUCUUUUCUUUGUCUUGAUUGCUUUUAGGCAGAGAGAGCGAGUAAUGGCUAAUACACAGGAGUAAAACCAGCAUUCCUCUCACUGUCUGGAGUUGCCACUCAACUCCACACAUGCAAGCUUACACACACAGACACACACAUACACAGAAAAACACAAACGCAUAACACAGGUAAUUUGCAGGCAGAUCUGUAGCACUGUCUCCGAGGCCAGUAGUGACUUUCCCCAGCCAUAAAUUCCAUACACAAAAGCAGUGGUUUUUUUCACAAGUGUUUGUACAGAAUAGAAAUCUAGACUCAGUCUUUACAUGAUUGUAUAUGAACCACAAAAGACCUGUUUUCUGGCGUUUUUUGUACUAAGAGUAAAUUAUGAUCAGAUUUGAAAAAAAAAAGAUUGUAUUGUAAACUAUGGCUAAAUUUUUAUCCAGUUAAUGUUAAGAUGAAUUGAUAUUACCAGCUUGUACAAAAGACGUAAGAAGAGGUUGUUCAAGGCGUUCGCUGUCACUACUUUGCACUCCCUAGAGAUUAACUGUAAUUAAUGUAUCAGUAUUAUUUUUUUUUCCUCCCCCCUCUCUCUGCUGUUGAUUUAAUUUGCCGGCAUAUUGCUGUGAUUGUAAAUAGACACUGAGUAAACUCUGCCUGUUGCUUCUUGCCCAUUAACAAAGCCAUUGAUCCACACUGCUGCCAUCAGUUCAGACAAAAGGACACGCAAGGAUGAGUCGCAGCCCACCAGUGACUCCACAUCUGUUCAUCUAUAGAUCUCACACGCUCUCCCACUAGUGACAUGUGACUGGUACAACCUAUAUAAAUCCCACAUGUACAACAAAACAUCGUGCCUCACUGUAGCAGUUGUCGUUGUCUUGCACUAUAUACAUAUGUUGAACGCCUGAACAACCUUUUCUCCUUUUAUUUUUAAAUACUGUUGAGACAUUUGUGAAGAUUUUAUGUCCUUUUAUUGGUUUUUGUUAAUGUUGAUUUCCUUUUUUAUGAGCUGUGACAAUGUUAUGAUGAUGUGUAUAUCCUUCCUAUUCAUUGAGCUCUCUAGUAAUCAGGUAUGCUUUCUCCACCGACCCUUUCUCCUCUCCUUAAGGAACAUGAGUAGGAUGUCUUAUCGUUAUUAAAUCCCCACACUCGGAUUGUUUUGCUCCCUCUUUGUACCUUAGCACAGCCCCAUGCCCAGACCCCCAAAAUACAUAGUCCAUAGCUCCUUCUCUGGCCAUGAAUUUUAAACCCCUUUAACCCUGUCCAUCACGUGUCCCAUAACCCUAUACCGCCCCCCACCCCCCACCCACUUUCAACCGCCCAACCUCAGACCUUCCCUGCCCACUAUAUUACUCAAGCUGUGUCUUUUAACCCCCCCCCUUUGCUCAACCACUUUGUAUAGUUCUCUUACCCUCAUCACUGCAGCUAUAGUGCCAUCUGUGGACCCCCUACCUCUGUAUUGGAAAAGGUGGAAGGCCCACUUUGAUCUUGCUUCUGGAUGAACGGGGAGGGAGGGGCAGCGGGCUCAGCUGUUACUCUGAAAAGCCGGGCGAUCGCGUUGCUAUGAAUCAAAUUUGUUACAUCCAAAACAAACAAGUGAAAUCUGUCGCUGGUGAGACGCUUUUUUUCAACAGCCACGCUUUCACAUGGAUACAACGGAUGAUGAGCACUUAGUAGAUUCAGAUGCAGCUCCCCUCACCCCCCGUUUCAUCGCGUUAGCGAAUAAAGAUCUCAUUACUUUAAUGGAUAUGUUGAAAUGACAUUUUUAAAGCAAGAGGGAAGCAAGUAAAUAGGAAGUACAAGUUUAGUCCUCAGAUCAAGGUCUCUUGUCCCAUUUAUUUUCCCCCUACAUGUUUGUUUUUUAACUUUUGUUUUCCAGUGGAAACCAAUGUGUCCAGUUUGAUUUCUUUUUUUCCUGAAUGGCAUUAGUAUUGUAGUAGAUUUAAAGGCUAGCUUUUUUUGUAAAGUGUGAAUAAAAGAUGUAUCUCAUGUUUCCUUUCUAAAAAGAUAUUGAAUUGUGUUGUUGUGUAAAUCAUGAAUUCUAUGAUGGUGUUUUGUUGCUACAUUGUUUUUACUUUUACUCGGUAUGUUUUUCCCCAUAUACUCUUAUUCCCAUCACAAACCAAAUCCUCUGUAGAAAUCAUGAGACGUUGUCUUGAUGGGUUGAUUUAGAGGGCUUGAAUGUUCCUGGUGAUGCCUCGUAGAAUGAAGGAUUGAGUGCUUAUCAGAGGGAGAAGUACCUACGUCAUUGGUAUCAGUAAAAACUUUCAGAACAGGGAUAUUCAUUCGUUUUUUAUUUUUUUUUUUACUUUUCAGCUUUAUUUUGGAUGUUGCAUGGCACUAGCUGGAGAGUGCUAGUGCCUGUAGAUUAGGGCAGCAGAGCUGUCUUACUAGUGGCUGCAGUUCAGUACUAGAGAACACUGUUCUGACCGGUGUAAAAACUUGUUUGUAAGACUAAGCUAAUGACCUGCCGCUGGUCGCUAGACUAGUGCUGUGAUGAUUUUGAGUACUACUAGUCCAUCUCACUCUGUUCUUGUGCAUCACAGUGGUUAAAUCUGUUCCACUAGCUAGCUACUAUUGAUAGUCACUGAUUUGACUCUUAAAUCUUUUCCAUUGUUGACCCCCCCCAUCACUCUCUUGUUAAACCACAGAUUAUGGCUUCUGAGUGAGAAUCUGGCAAAUCGCAGAGCUGAGUUAUGUCACCCUGUAAGCUUCAGCGAGCGAUUGCGUUGUUGGCUUUGUACCACUGUUGCAUUGUGUUUCAUAGUUGGCUUGUUAGGCGUAGAGUGAUUUCCCAGGCUGCAUCUCUUUUUUUGUAAUGGUGCACACCAAAGCUGCUUGUAGUUCAGUUCUCUGUUGUAGAGCGAGUUCUUUCACCAACCAGUCACUUUAAAAAAAUAAAUAAAAAUCUGAAAUCAUAGUCUUCAUGAAAUGUUAGGGCUGUAAGGAAAGCAAGGUACUUUUGUCCUUUUCCUUGAAUCACAUGAACAUGUUGCAUCCAUAUUCAUACUUGUGUCACUUUUGUUGGAGUUUGGUUUCUCAAAUUAUUUUAAAUGCACCCUGUUCCAAAAAAACAACAAAAAAACUUGGCAAUAAUACCCAAACAUUCAGACACAUUCAGAAUGGGUUUUUAAAUAUGUUAUCUGGAAAAAUGUAGCUAUUUCAUCUUUCAAACUGUGGUCGUCUUAUUUUUUCCUUUUGAACUCUCCAUCUUUAACCCUCCUAGACUGUUUUGUUACCUGAACACCUCUUUGUGAACACCUCUUUGUUUACCCCUGCCCAUCCUUUUCUCAUCCAUCUUGUAUAUUUGCUCAUCUCCUUCUCCCUGACGAUCUAGUGGUAGUUGUUCAAUGAUCAGGAUUGUCUAUCUGUAGUCAGCUGAGUACAUAUAUUGAUCUGUGUCACUGUGUUUAUGCACUGGACCAACUAUUGUUUACCAUUCAUGAAAUACCAGCAAAAAAAAAAAAGAAUAAUGGCAAAAACACUUGCACAAUGUUGUAGAAUGUCCAUUAACCCAGAUGAGAAAUCAAGGCAGCUGUUUUCAAAUCAACACAUACUGUUUUAAAAAGAAACUGAAUGGUAAACAAUGCUUUCUGUUGUACCCCUUAGCCGUCCUCUCGAUUCUCUUUGGACUAGUUUUGUUCUUUUAUUUUUUCCGUUUGACUACAGGUUCUGCUUGUUUCCUUUACACCUACCUAUGUAUUUUCCUACUUCUGGUUGAAAAUAAAUUCUAUAUUAUCUGUU